AUGGCGGCGGCGCGGCGCGAGGGGCCGCAGUUCAUCAGCGAGGCGGCCGUGCGCGGCAACGCCGCCGUGCUCGACUACUGCCGCACGUCGGUGUCGGCGCUCUCGGGCGCCACCGCCGGCAUCCUGGGCCUCAGCGGCCUGCACGGCUUCGUCUUCUACUUCCUGGCCUCCGUGCUGCUCUCCGUGCUGCUCGUGCUCAAGGCCGGCCGCCGAUGGAACAAGUACUUCAAGUCGCGGCGGCCGCUCUUCACCGGCGGGCUCGUCGGGGGGCUCUUCACCUACGUCCUCUUCUGGACCUUCCUCUACGGCAUGGUGCACGUGUACUGAGGCGGCGCCCGGGCCCCGCGGCC